AACUACACGGAUCGCCGCUGCCGCUGGCUGUACUUCACCGGCGACUCGAACGUCCGCAACCUGCUCGCCAUCCAGCACCACGCCGCACGGAGGCAGCUGCACGAGUUCCGGACGGCGCUCGCGUCUCCUCACCACUCCGAAGAGGGCGACGGCUCCGUCUAUCAGCGAGGGCGACAACGGACGAGCGGCGCGACCUGCGGCACGCGCUGGUUCGACCGCGAAUACCUCUACGUCACAGUGCACGGCGCGUGCACCCGCGUGAGCUUCCGGUUCGUUCGCAGCUCGCUGCGGUUUGGCUCCGGCCGGAGGAACGGCAGCGGCGCGUCCAUCUACGAUGAGCUCGCGGGGGCUGGAGCCGACUCAGCUGCAGCGCGGCAGUCAGCCUCAGGCACGCGACGCCUCCCUGGUCGACUUGCGACAGCGAGAGCCGCUGCUGCCGUGUGUGGCAGUCGAGGGCGAGCCGCUGCGUCCCCUUCCCGCACUCCGUCGUCCGGCCUCUCCGGCUGCCUCGCGUGCCGGACGCCGUCUGGCUGUCGCACGGGCUGUGGACAGUCGGCGUCUGCGCGAGCCCGCGCCGCUUCGCGCACGAGGCCGCCCUCGCCGGCUGGCUGGCGAACCGGACCCGCGUGCUGCUCGUGACCAACUACCCGACGUCGGAGGAGCGGAGCGCGCGGCAGGCGGCGCUCGAGGAGGACGCGCGCUGCCUGCGCCGCGCCGCAAAGCAGCUGCGGCUGCCGCUGCUCGACCUGCACCGGCGCGUGGCGCGGGGCGAGCUGCCCCGCACCGCCAACUUUCACAUCAACGCCGAGCGGCUCGCCGAGCUAGCGGCCACGUGGAUGCCGCUCGCGGGCCUGAGCGGCGGGGUUGACCUGGUUGACCUCGUGUGCGGCCCAUCGGCCGAUCGCAUCUCUGAUCGACUGAGGCGGCGGCCCCCCUCUGUGCCUGUCCGCUGUCGCGCUGCGCUGCUCUGCGUGCUCCUGGUCGUCGUCGAUGACGGCGAGUGUGGGACCAAUGCCUCCACCGCAAUAGCCUCGUGCGGGAUGCAGCUCUGCACCGCCUCGGACGGCAUCCCCGCACAGCUGAUCCCAACGGACAGCGGCGAGUGUGAGAUCGUCUGUCUGACCGGCUCCAGCGAUGGCAGCAAGCAGUGCCCUCAUGUAGCCGCGGGCAAGAUGUGGUUUAUGAACGGAAAUUCGGGGUGCCGCGUCGCCUCGGGCGACAUCACCUAUGUCGAUAUCAACACCGAGAUUCAAUAUGCGCGCGCUCACGAGGUGAUCCACCCGCUGAACGAACCUGGCGAGGCCGUCUACUAUCCGUCGCCGCCGCGCACUGACUGCUACUUCUACCAAGACGCCUGCGGCCCAGAGGAGUUUUGUAUGGUGCAGAUGCAUGAAAAGUGGGGCCCAUGGGCCGCCACGCCACAAGGCCUGCCCGCCAACACGGACUGCAAUGACGCACUCUUCAGCUUCACGGAGGCGGACCUCACCAAUGCCGAGCCGUUGCAGGUUGAAGCGCUGGAAGAGAGCAUCUUGACCGACUACUGCGGUGGCGUCGUGCCGGAUUCUGGAUACACGUCCAGCAUGAAUGCCGUCGGGCCAGGAGGCGCGGGUUCCGGAGGAGGACCCUUCCCCAGCCCAUGGAAGCCCGCGCAGGGCGUUUGCGUCAAGUACCGUGACGCCCAACAAUCGUGCAAGCCCUCCCUCAAGGGCAGCGGCAAUUUCUAUAGCGAUUCGUUCAUCGCGUUGGCGGACGCCACCAAGACGUCGACACCCUCGCUCGACCGCCCGCUCACUUGCGGACCGGGUCUCGUCUGCACGGGGGACGACGCGGCCCUCCCGAGCACCUGCGUGGCACGACCGCCCGAAGGCGGAGAGGGCAACGCAUUCUCCGGCGGCAUACAAAUCGGCGCCCGCCUCGAGCAGCAGUCGUGCUCCGACAGCCAUCCCUGCGCGGAGGGGCUCACCUGCACCGGUGCUGACUUCGAGGUGUUGCCGCACACGUGCGUCGAGGCACGCCCACGGGAUGUUUGCUUUGCCGGUCCUUGGUGGGACUCGUCCCGCUGCCCUCGCACGAGCGUGGACGCGCCGUGCGGCGGCAUCAGCGCCGCCAUGGCGCACGAGGCGCUGCUCUCGGCUCUCCUUCUCGCUCCGGGCGAGGUCGUCUUCCCGGGCCGCUGCGGCUACUGGACCGGGCCGUCCGCCGGCUGGAACGAGCGGCUCGACCGCGUGCGCCGCCAGAUCUACAACGUCUUUGCCGCCCUCUGGCCCGCCCCCAACCCCGCCCGCGGCCUCGCGCCCAUGCCUCCUUUCGCUUCGCUGGAGGCUUCCUUCUAUCUGGGCACGAGCCCAGCCAAUCGCACGACUCGCGUCACGGCCGGCGAGUGCAACGACGCGUCGAUGGCCGAGUUCUCCACUCCCAACGGCUUGCCAAGCGGUUGUGUGAUUGAGAGUGGCGAGUGCCUGUGCGGCGGCGACGCUUGCGGCCCGGCUGGCGGUUCGACGGAGUGCGAGACUUGCCGCAUCAAGGCGGCGCUCGCCAACGCCGCACAGCGGGCCUCGCGGCCGGCGCUGGUGUGGAGUCUUGUGCACUGGACCAUGCAUAACCUGCCGCGCACCCUCACGCGCGAGCAGGUCGAGGCAUCCAAGGCGAUCGCCCUCAUCCUAAAGGACCUCUUCUGGUGCAACGACUGCCGCGGCUUUUUUGCCAUCGGGGUGCUCGGCUCGGUGGGCUACCCGCCAGACUCGACCCGCCGCGAAGAUCACGCCCGCUACUGGAACAUGGGGCACAACAUCGCGUCGGAGCAUGUCGCGACGACGCGUGGAGGGCACCCUUGGAUUUUCCAGCUGGCCAAUCAGAGCGCGGGCCCCUUCACGGGUGAAACUUACCAGAACCCCUUCUUCAUGCCGUAUGAGACGGCGGUGCGGCAAUGGACCCAGUGCGUGCCCGCCGAAGAAGGCGCGGGCUCGUCGCGCCGCAAGGUUGGCUGGCCCCCGCAGGUUGGGCGGAUGAGGCACCCGGCGCCACUCAUGCUUGGCUUAUCUGACGGCCUUGGUCCGCCGCCGCUAGCACUCGUGCAGGGCGGCUCUCUCCGCACGUGGUCGUAUCGCGACGCUGCGGUGGCGCGGGUGCAGGUCCUGCUCACGUCGGACGGCCUCCCUCUGGACGCCGACCUCGAGCUCUGGCACGGCCCGACGAACGCACCUUGCAAGGUGCGCGUGUAUGCCGAGGACGCGCGGCUCCGCCCCUUCCGGGCGACGAUCGAGACGCCGCGCGGCCCCAACUCGCUCGGCGUCCGCAACCUCGGGCCGAUGGAGUACCCCUUCUCCGCCUGCGUCGCCGCCGCCGCCUCCGCGCCGCCCUCCUCAGACUGCAUCUGCUCCGCCGUGAGCGUGCAGGGCGGCGGUGUCCGCACCUUCCCGGUCCUCGCAAGGGUCUUCCUCGCCACUGAGGGUCGGCCGCUCAACGCGCGGAUCGAGCUGCUGCAGGGCCCGAACGACAACAAGCAGGUGGUCGAGCUGUACACGGAGGCAGUGGCUCGCCCAAGCAUCCCCUCCGCCCGCCGAGAUGGCCCGAGGUGA